UUGAGCGCGCGCCAGCAGCAGUUUCCAGCUGUGCUCGUGAACCCGCCCGUCAGUUGCUCGGUUCGUCCUGCGGUGCUUCGGCUCCUCUCCUCACCGCUCACCGCUGCUGUUCGUCGGUGUGGAUACAGCCUGCUCUCUCGGUCCUCUUGCUCCUUCCUCCUGGCUGAAACUGCCCCUGCUCCCCUCUCCGUCCUCCAGCUUCUCCGACCUUCUUUGGAGAGCUCCUCGGGUUCUCCUUCGGUUCCCCCAAGUCCAGCAUCGCUUUGGACCUGCACGGGUUUCUGUACCUCCGGGAUCUCCGGUUUAAAGUUUCCAGAGCCGGUUCUUUGAGGUCCAGCAUGGGUUGGUGUGUCCCGGUUCUGCUGUCACUCAUCGGCGCUCAGCUCGCUGCGGGAGUCCCGGACGGACCGGACGUCCAAGUGAUCGACGUGUUGGGUCUGCAGGACUCGAAGCAGAGCGUUGCAGCGGUGGAGAAGCUGUCUGGUGGUCUGAGCGCACUCAGUGACAUCUACGUGGUGUCCACGUUCAGGCUGCCGGCAAAGCUCGGAGGAGUUCUGCUGGGCAUCUACAGCAAGCAGGACAACAGGAAGUACCUGGAGGUCGCCAUCAUGGGGAAGAUCAACAAAGUCCUGGUUCGUUACGUCAAAGCUGACGGGAAGGUCCACACCGUGAACAUGCAGAACGCUAACCUGGCUGAUGGACGGACUCACUCCAUCAUCCUGAGAGUCGGUGGCCUGCAGCGUAACAACAUCAACAUGGAGCUGUAUGUUGACUGCCGACUGGCUGACUCCAGCCAGGGCCUGCCGCCGCUGGUUCCCCUGCCCAGAGAGGUGGAGAUGGUGGAGAUUAGACACGGGCAGAAGACUUACGCCCGACUCCAGGGGGCUUUGGUGUCCCUCAUGAUGGCUUUAGGGGGCAGCGUUGCUAAAGCUGGAUCUCUGACUGACUGCCCGUUCCAAGGAGACUCGUCAUCCUAUAACUCAGUGAGCGGCGAGGUGAACUCCAUCCUGGGUGACCACACCAAGGCUCUGAUUGGCCAGCUCAUUAUCUUUAAUCAGAUCCUGGGAGAGCUGCGACAGGACAUCAGAGAACAGGUGAAGGAGAUGUCUCUGAUCAGGAACACCAUCCUGGAGUGUCAGGUUUGCGGUUUCCAUGAGCCUCGUUCCCGCUGCUUUCCUAACCCUUGUCACAAAGGCGUGUCCUGCAUGGAGAGUCUGCACUACCCUGGAUACACCUGUGGUCCCUGUCCACCUGGAACCACUGGCAAUGGGACACACUGCAGGGACAUUGAUGAGUGCGAUGUGCAGCCAUGUUUCUCUCCCCAAGCCUGUGUGAACACAGCUGGGGGGUUCAGCUGUCAGCCAUGUCCUCCAGGCCUGUGGGGGGCGCCACUGUCGGGAACUGGACUGGACUACGCUAAGACGCACAAACAGGACUGUGUGGACAUUGAUGAAUGUGUUGAUCUACCUGACGCCUGCGUGCCAAACUCUGUGUGCGUCAACACUGUGGGCUCGUACAAAUGUGGAGGCUGUAAACCUGGUUUUCUCGGUAACCAAACAUCAGGAUGCUUCCCUAGGAAGUCCUGUGCUGCACUGACCUUUAACCCCUGUGACAUCAACGCCCACUGUGCCAUGGAGAGGAACGGGGAGGUUGCCUGCAGGUGUAAUGUGGGCUGGGCCGGCAACGGGAACACGUGCGGUAUGGACACGGACAUUGACGGGUAUCCCGACCGCUCUCUGCCCUGCAUGGACAACGACAAACACUGCAAACAGGACAACUGUGUGUUCACACCAAACUCUGGCCAAGAGGACGCCGAUAACGACGGGAUCGGAGACCAGUGUGAUGAGGACGCUGACGGGGACGGCAUCAAAAACGUGGAGGAUAACUGUCGUUUGGUUCCUAACAAAGACCAGCAGAACUCGGACAGCGACUCAUUCGGAGAUGCCUGUGAUAACUGUCCCAACGUCCCCAACAGCGACCAGAAAGACACAGACAACAACGGACAGGGAGACGCCUGCGACCAGGAUAUCGACGGAGACGGUAUUCCCAACGUUCUGGAUAACUGUCCAAAGGUACCGAACCCGAUGCAGACAGACAGAGACAGAGAUGGAGUCGGAGACGCCUGCGACAGCUGUCCUGAGCUCAGCAACCCAAUGCAGGCGAAACACGGUCGCUUAUUUAACAUCUGUAGGGACGGCGACGGUCACCAGGACAGCAGAGACAACUGUCCAGACAUCCCCAACAGCUCCCAGCUGGACUCCGAUAACGACGGCCUGGGAGAUGACUGCGACCACGACGAUGACAACGACGGCAUCCUCGAUGACUACGACAACUGCAGACUGAUCGUUAACCCCAAUCAGAAAGACUCAGAUGUGAACGGUAUCGGAGAUGUCUGUGAGAACGACUUUGAUAACGACGCUGUGAUGGAUUUGUUCGAUGUGUGCCCGGAGAGUGCCGAGGUCACUCUGACAGACUUCAGAGCCUAUCAGACUGUCAUCCUGGACCCGGAGGGUGAUGCACAGAUUGACCCCAACUGGGUGGUGCUGAAUCAGGGUAUGGAGAUUGUCCAGACGAUGAACAGCGAUCCUGGUUUAGCCGUAGGCUACACGGCAUUUAAUGGCGUUGACUUCGAGGGAACGUUCCACGUCAACACUGUUACGGACGACGACUACGCUGGCUUCAUCUUUGGCUACCAGGAUUCAUCCAGCUUCUAUGUGGUGAUGUGGAAACAGACAGAGCAGGCUUACUGGCAAUCCAUACCUUUCAGAGCCAUGGCCCAGCCCGCACUGCAGCUCAAGGCGGUAAAGUCUCGGACCGGACCAGGUGAGUUCCUGAGGAAUGCCUUGUGGCACACGGGAGAUACAUCUGGAGAGGUGAAGCUGCUCUGGAAGGACCCACGAAACACCGGCUGGAUGGACAAAACGUCCUACCGCUGGCAGCUCAGCCACCGACCGCAGGUGGGAUACAUCAGGGUAAAGCUGUUUGAAGGGACACGCGUGGUGGCAGACUCUGGUGUUGUGGUCGACACCACCAUGAGAGGAGGACGGCUCGGUGUCUUCUGCUUCUCCCAGGAAAACAUCAUCUGGUCCAACCUGCGCUACAGAUGCAAUGGUAGGACCGCCGACCCUGCUUGGCAUUAUUUUGUCGUUUUAUUUGUUUCUGGGGAGUCCUGGAAUAUUUUGAUAAGCCUUUUACGGUGCUAAUAUGUCACUGCCGUGUUGAAAUGGACGAUUGUGUUACCAGUGACACCGAUUC